AUGUCAUUGGCAACCCCCUCCCCCCUGCUGCUGCUGCUGCGCCCCCCGCUGCUGCUGCUGCUGCUGCUGCUGCACCCGCAAAACACAGACCCCCUGCAGCUCGCACUCUAUGAGCAGCUGGGGCUGCGCCCCACAGAUUUGCUGCACAUUGUUUCGAGGCCCCUGCGGGCCCUCAUUUUGUACCACCAGACGGCCAACGGCACUUGGCGGCGAAACGGCGACCCCACACUGCCCCUGGAGACCCGGCUGGCCCACAGCCCCUGCUACGCCCUUUAUGAAGGGCUGUGGGACUUAACAGCAAAAGGGCUCACCAGCGCUGUGGCCCCGCUGCCCGAGGCCCGCGGCGAGCAGCAGCAGCAGCAGGCGCAGCAGCAGCAGCAGCAGCAGCAGCGGGCGAGCGGGACCGGCGUUUCGCGGACGCGCCCUGCACCUCCUCCCCCUCCUCCUCCGCAGCAGCCCGCAGUCUGCCUGCAGCAGCAGCAGCAGCAGCAGCAGCAGCAGCAGCAGCAAUACGAGCAGCUGGUGGCUGUGGGGGACAGCGCGCUGGAGCGGGUGACGGUGCAGCUGCUGAGCAUUCGCGGGCUGCUGCAGAUGCUGCUGCAGCAGCAGCUGCUGCUGCCGCAGCUCUUCGCCUGCAGGCUGCUGCUGCAGCAGGCCCUCAGCUUCCACGGCCUCCCGCCCUUUGCUGUUGACGUCAAACAUCCUCUUCUGAAGCAAAAGAAUUACAUCAACUUCAUGGGAGACGCCCGCUACCUCCUCGCCGAGAAGGAGCUCCUCUUCAAGU